GUCUCACACUUUCUCCGGAUUUCUUAACUUUCGGGUCGGGGGAGCAGGAAUAAAGCCGCCGAGCGGGGCGCGGAGGGGGCGCGGGCUCGCAGCGGCUGCGUGCUCGCAGACUUCCCGCCUGCGCCCAGCGGCCGGCCUCUGGGGCCAAGUGGGGAACGGGCGGCGGGCAGGCAGGUGGCCCCGGGCCGCCGCGCCCGCGCCUUGGCUCUGCCCCCGGGAGCCGAGCUAGCCGCUGCUCCCUCGUGGUGUGAGGGCGGUGAUGUUUUUCCUCCCACCCACUUUUGAGUUCCCCCUCCCCCCUCGCGCGCACUCUAGCUCUCGCCACAACCUGCGAGCCCCAGACCUCGGAGGAGCGUCCCGACGAGCUCGGAGCGCGUGCACGCGUGGAAGACGGAGGAGGCCAGUGGCCAGCUUGAGUACAUCCGGCCCUGAAAGUUUUGAGUUACCUUUCGCAGUGGCCAAAAUGAGGAAAAAGUGGAAAAUGGGAGGCAUGAAAUGCAUCUUUCCCUUGUUGCUGUUCUUUCUUUUCCUAGAAGGAAGCAAAACAGAGCAAGUAAAACAUUCAGAGACGUAUUGUGUGUUUCAAGACAAGAAGUACAGAGUGGGUGAGAGAUGGCAUCCUUACCUGGAACCUUAUGGGUUGGUUUACUGUGUCAACUGCAUCUGCUCGGAGAAUGGCAAUGUGCUUUGCAGCCGAGUCAGAUGUCCAAGCCUUCAUUGCCUCUCUCCUGUGCAUAUUCCUCAUCUCUGUUGCCCUCGUUGCCCAGAAGACUCCUUACCCCCAGCGAACAAUAAGGUGACCAGCAAGUCAUGUGAGUACAAUGGGACUACUUACCAACAUGGUGAGCUGUUUAUGGCAGAAGGGCUCUUCCAGAAUCGUCAACCCAAUCAGUGCACCCAAUGCAGCUGUUCGGAGGGAAAUGUGUACUGUGGUCUCAAGACUUGCCCCAGGUUAACCUGUGCAUUUCCAGUCUCAGUUCCGGAUUCCUGCUGCCGGGUAUGCAGAGGAGAUGGAGAAUUGUCGUGGGAACACUCUGAUGGCGAUAUCUUCCGGCAGCCUGCCAACAGAGAAGCAAGACAUUCUUACCACCGCUCUCACUAUGAUCCUCCACCAAGCCGACAGGCUGGAGUUCUGCCCCGCUUUCCUGGGGCCAGAAGUCACCGGGGAGCUCUGAUGGAUUCCCAGCAAGCAUCAGGCACCAUCGUGCAGAUUGUCAUCAAUAACAAACACAAGCAUGGACAAGUGUGUGUUUCCAAUGGAAAGACCUAUUCCCACGGCGAGUCCUGGCACCCGAACCUCCGGGCAUUUGGCAUUGUGGAGUGUGUGCUGUGCACUUGUAACGUCACCAAGCAAGAGUGUAAGAAAAUCCACUGCCCCAGUCGAUAUCCCUGCAAGUAUCCUCAAAAAAUAGACGGAAAGUGCUGCAAGGUGUGUCCAGGUAAAAAGGCAAAAGAAGAGCUUCCAGGCCAAAGCUUUGACAGCAAAGGCUACUUUUGUGGAGAAGAAACAAUGCCUGUGUAUGAAUCUGUGUUCAUGGAGGAUGGGGAGACCACCAGAAAAAUAGCCCUGGAGACGGAGAGACCACCUCAGGUAGAGGUCCACGUGUGGACCAUUCGGAAGGGCAUUCUCCAGCAUUUCCAUAUUGAGAAGAUCUCCAAGAGGAUGUUUGAGGAGCUCCAUCACUUCAAGCUGGUGACUAGGACAACCCUGAGCCAGUGGAAGAUAUUCACCGAAGGAGAAGCUCAGAUCAGCCAGAUGUGUUCAAGUCGUGUGUGCAGAACAGAGCUUGAAGAUUUGGUCAAGGUUUUAUACCUGGAAAGGUCUGAAAAGGGCCACUGUUAGAUGAGACAGACAGUAUUGGAUAGGGUAAAGCAAGAAAACUCAAGCUGCAGCUGGACUGCAGGAUUAUUUUGCUUAAGUCAACAGUACCCUAAAACCCCAAAUUCCAACACAGUUAAUUAUUCACGCCAUGCACAGCAUCACUCGCUCCUUUAUGUGGAGUGGUGUGUCAGCCCUUAAACAUCUCCUCCAAAAAGACUAGAAGAGUCUUGAAUUAUUCAUGGGAGGAAGAGGGAUAGAACACCACCACAGCACUCUAGUUUCUGGGAGAAUCACAUUUCUUUACAGGUUAAAGAGGAAACAGAACCCCAGGGUCUCUAUCUGGAAAGUCAUUCCAGUGAAAGAAGGAGGAGGGAAUUGCUUAGUAGGAGUUCUAUAGUACAGAGAAAAUACUUGGAUGAAAGUGUAAUCUUCACAUUUUAGAAUGUCUUGUGUUUUUUACAAAAAUGAAUUCCCCAUCCUCACAUACACGGACAUGCACACACACACACACACACACACUAAACUACAACCUUCAUUCUGAGGCAAGGCUAAUAUACAUUCUCCCUUCCUUUCCAUUGCCUGGCUCCCAAGUAGCUUGGAGGUUGUGGAUAUCCAGGAGGAUGAAUAAGGAAUUGUGAGCAGAGGGCUCUGUCUGUCCUCAGGUCAGUGGGGUGGUGGUUGAGGUCACUGGCUAUGGUGGCAGGGUGAAGAAUAAGAACACCAUUUCAUGGUCACAUUCAGUUUGAAGCAGUAAAUAGCUUUUCCCUAAUGAUAUGACUUUUUCUUUUCUCCAUGAACCUGUGGGGCCUCCAUAAAGAAGUUGGAAUUGGGGAAGAUUUUCAGAAAUUAAGUCCAUAUUAGACAAAAUAAUUCUUGAUGAAAGGAGCUGAUAGAACUCAGCAAGUCCAUCUCUGUGUUUUCAAGUCAAUAAAACUCACCAAUUCACAGCUCAAUACUCAUUCAUUUUCUUGAGGCCAUAGUUCUUCAGUCCAAAAAUACAGGUUUAAUAUUGAAUUCUAGAAGCUCCUUAAAAGGGCAGUUUCCCUUCUCCAAUUACAGGAGCUGAUUUUUACUUUGCAAAACAGAUCAUCUUUACGAGCUUCUCUGAAUGUUGACUCUUUAGUUAGGAGAAUUAGUGCUCAUUUGGGGAGAUAGGAAUUCUGACAAAGGUCUUUAUCCUCUAAACCUUCCUCCCAUCCUCAUCUCAUCACCAAGCAUGGGCUUGAAUCAUGGAUCUUACAGAAGGCUGCUCUGAAAAUGUCAAUUUGCAGCCCAAUACCAGAGCAGAAAUUAUUCUGAGACCUGGCUUUAGAAAUCAUCUUUGUGGGAAAAACUAUAAAUUCUCCACAGCAAGGAUCUCAAGCCUGCCUUCUAUAUCUGUUGCCUCUGAGGGGCAUGAAUGAACUCUAGUGAGUACUUAGAAAUAUUAAGGACCCAGAAAUCUCAUAUUUCCUACUCCAUGACCAUAGGUGAGAGGAACAUGUUUUUCCUUAGAGUAUUUAAUACCAAUAGAGAAAAAUGUAAAAGGGUCCAGUCUUUGCGGCAAUCUAGCAUAAAGGAGUCUGUUCUGAUAAAAGAUACAGGCCCUGUGUCCAGGCCUUCAUGAAUGAGCGUCCCACCAGCCCCUCUCACACACCUCCUCCUCAGGAAAGAGAGGUAGGACAUCCGGGCUGAAAGGCCACAGAGCAUUAUUGCAGGAAAGGUGUUAAGAAGCUGCUGCCUGCCUCCCAGAGGUGGCAGUAUUUCCAUAGGGUGGAAACAAGGAACGGGAUCCUGAAGCAAAGUGGUAAUUUCCCCUCCUGAUGACUCACUCCAAAGCCUUCCCACCCAGGUGUUCUCUGAAAACUCAACCUUAAGGGAACACCCAGAGAGCUUCCCUAGAUAGACUCUUGCCCCCAGGAGCUGGGACACACCCUUACAAACCGCUGUGUGAGGCAGGAGCUGGGGCGCCGCGCUAGGCCAGCACAGACACCCGCCGGUGGUUGGUGUUGUAUAGGCCUAGGCCGCAGGAAGAAGAGGCCAAGCCACCUGUAGUUAGUAGAGAGGAAUGGAUGUGGUUCUUCUUGUGUAUUUAUUUGUAUCAUAAACACUUGGAACAACAAAGACCAUAAGCAUCAUUUAGCAGCUGUAGCCAUUUUAUAGUUAACUCACGUAAAGAAGUAAUUACCCUUUCACUCUUCUCACAGGACAUGUACCUAAAUAUGGUACUUAUUUAUGUAGUCACUGUAUUUCUGGAUUUUUAAGUUAAUAAAAAGGCUAAUUUUGAAAAAUCA